UAGAGCUGGGUUUUAAGUAUGGUCAUUUCCUUCCGGUAUUACAAGGGCUAAGGUUGACGGCUGCUGUAGUACAGUGUUCGUACCAACAACGCACGUGGAUUUGUUUUGGUGGCGUUGUAGUUAUGUCGGUCACUUUUCACACAGAUGUUGGAGACAUCAAAAUGGAGUUAUUCUGUGAACAAGUGCCAAAAGCUUGUGAGAAUUUCCUGGCUUUGUGUGCCAGUGACUACUACAACGACUGCAUCUUCCACCGUGUGAUCAAAGGCUUUAUGAUACAGACAGGAGACCCCACAGGGACAGGGAAAGGAGGGUCCAGUAUAUGGGGGGACAAAUUUGAGGAUGAAUUUCGAGAUGGAUUAAAGCAUAAUGUCAGGGGUGUGGUUUCCAUGGCGAACAACGGGCCAGACAGCAACGGAUCACAGUUUUUCAUCACUCUCUCCAAACAGCAGCACCUGGACAUGAAGUACACUGUGCUUGGCAAGGUAAUUGAUGGCUUUGACACACUAGAGGAAAUAGAGAAGGCCCAAGUGAAUGAGAAAAAUUACAGACCUCUGACAGAACUGAGGAUACAGAGUGUGACGAUUCACGCAAACCCGUUGGCUGGCUAAAAGGAUUAGACUUCUGACAGAACUGAGGAUACAGACUGUGACGAUUCACGCAAACCCUUUGGCUGGCUGAGAGGAUUACAGACUUCUGACAGAACUGAGGAUACAGUCUGUGACGAUUCACGCAAACCCUUUGGCUGGCUGAGAGGAUUACAGACUUCUAACAGAACUGAGGAUACAGUCUGUGACGAUUCACACAAACUCGUUGACUGGCUGAGAGGAUUACAGACUUCUGACAGAACUGAGGAUACAGUCUGUGACGAUUCACGCAUACUCAUUGACUGGCUAAGAGGAUUACAGACUUCUGACAGAACUGAGGAUACAGUCUGUGACGAUUCACACAUACUCAUUGACUGGCUGAGAGGAUUACAGACUUCUGACAGAACUGAGGAUACAGACUGUGACGAUUCACGCAAACCUGUUGGCUGGCUGAGAGGAUUACAGACUUCU